AUGAAACUCUCUAUUUCUAUUCUUAUUUUCUUCUCAUUCCUUUUGUUAAUAUCACCCGCCAUUGCUGCCAAGAAGUCUUAUGUUGUGUUAUUGGGAUCUCAUUCACAUGGGUUAGAAGUUACAGAGAAAGAUUUUGAAAGUGUAGUUGAUUCCCAUCACAAAUUACUUGGAUCCUUCUUGAGGAGUGAUGAAAAGGCAAAAGAUUCCAUAUUUUACUCCUAUAAGAAGCAUAUAAACGGAUUUGCAGCAACUCUGGAUGACGAAGAUGCAACCCGACUUGCAAAUCAUCCAGAAGUAGCAGCAGUAUUGCCAAACAAACCAAAAGAUUUAUACACAACACAUUCAUGGGAAUUUAUGCAUUUGGAGAAAAAUGGUGUGGUUCCCCCUUCUUCUCCUUGGCGGAUGGCCAAAUUUGGAAAAGACGUCAUUAUCGCCAAUCUUGACACCGGUGUAUGGCCAGAGUCAAAGAGUUUUGGAGAACAUGGCAUAGAUGGACCUGCUCCAUCAAAGUGGAAAGGAGGUUGUACUGAUAAAUCCCCCGAUGGAGUGCCUUGUAACAAAAAAUUAAUCGGAGCAAAGUACUUCAACAAGGGUUACCUCGAGUACUUGAAAUCUGAAAAUUCUACUGUUGACCUCUCAUCUAUCAUCAACUCCACUCGUGACUACGACGGUCAUGGCUCCCACACACUAUCCACAGCUGCUGGCAACUAUGUGUUCGGCGCCAGCGUGUUUGGGUCGGGUAUCGGAACAGCGAAAGGAGGAUCUCCAAAGGCUCGUGUUGCUGCUUAUAAGGUUUGUUGGCCAUUCGAGCAAGGCGGUUGCUUUGAUGCUGACAUCACUGAGGCAUUUGACCAUGCCAUCCACGAUGGUGUCGACGUUCUUUCACUCUCCCUUGGCGGUGAUCCCAUCAAAUACUCCGAGGAUUCCAUCGCCAUUGCCUCCUUCCAUGCAGUGAAGAAGGGAAUCCCUGUCGUGUGCGCUGUCGGGAACUCCGGUCCCACACCGAAGACGGCUUCUAAUACUGCUCCUUGGAUUUUGACUGUUGGUGCAAGUACUUUGGAUCGUGAAUUUUAUGCUCCUGUUGUGCUUCAAAAUGGUCAUCGCUUCAUGGGUUCAAGUCAUUCAAAAGGACUAACGGGAAGGAAGCUAUACCCAUUGAUAACCGGAGCUCAGGCAAAAGCGGGUAACGCCAACGAGGACGAUGCCAUGCUAUGCAAGCCCGAAACAUUGGACCACUCAAAAGUGAAAGGGAAGAUAUUGGUUUGCUUGAGAGGAGAAACGGCAAGGUUGGACAAAGGAAAACAAGCGGCCCUUGCCGGUGCUGUUGGAAUGAUUUUAUGCAACGAUAAGCUCAGUGGGUCUUCAAUCGUCCCCGAUUUUCACCUUCUUCCAGCUUCUCAUAUCAAUUACCAAGAUGGUCAAGUUCUUCUAUCUUACAUCAACUCCGCCAGAAAUCCAAUGGGGUAUUUAAUCCCACCAUUGGCAAAAGUUAACACCAAACCAGCUCCCACUAUGGCGGUCUUCUCAUCCCGAGGACCCAAUACUAUUUCACCAGAGAUUAUCAAGCCUGAUGUGACCGCUCCAGGAGUAAACAUAAUUGCGGCAUUUUCAGAAGCUAUAAGUCCAACACGCGAUGCAUCUGACAACAGAACAACUCCAUUCAUUACAAUGUCAGGUACCUCCAUGUCUUGCCCCCACGUCGCUGGCCUCGUCGGCCUUCUCCGAAAUCUCCACCCGGAUUGGAGCCCCUCUGCCAUUAAAUCUGCCAUCAUGACCUCCUCCCAAGUUCGUGACAACACAUUGAACCCCAUGAUCGAUGGGGGAUCUCUUGACCUCGCCCCUGCCACUCCAUUUGCAUAUGGCUCCGGCCACAUCAACCCUACUGGAGCCAUUGACCCCGGCCUUGUCUACGACCUCUCCCCCAACGACUACUUGGAAUUCCUCUGCGCCAGCGGCUACGACGAGAAGACCAUUCGUGCAUUCUCUGAUGAACCUUUCAAAUGUCCUCCUGCUUCGUCUGUUUUGAACCUUAAUUACCCUUCCAUUGGGGUUCAAAAUUUGAAAGGUAGUGUGAGUGUCACUAGAAAACUGAAGAACGUUGGCAGUCCGGGAGUUUAUAGAGCCCAAAUUCUCCACCCCAACGGAGUUGUGGUUUCUGUGAAGCCCAGAUUUUUGAAGUUUGAGAGUGUUGGAGAAGAGAAGAGCUUUGAAUUGACGCUCGCUGGAGUUGUGCCAAAGGAUCGGGUAGGUUACGGCGCUUUGAUUUGGAGUGAUGGCAGACACGUUGUCAGGAGUCCCAUUGUUGUUUCUUCGGGAUUAUUCUGAAUUGCAUAUUUUUAUUUUUCAAAUUAGCGAUACCAUAUAUUGUUUUUAUUUUCUUAGGAAUUCAUUCUUAAUAUUCUAUAUAUUACGGUUAGUUAAGUAGUGGUUAUUGGUUAGUGAGCUUUUUGUUUUUUUUUUUUUUUUUACCAGUUUUGGUAACUCCUCGAUCUGUAAUAAUUUAUC